AUGAGUACUUGUGAACCUGCGCACACUGAUGUUUACAAGAUUGAAAAUAGUUCAUCAAAGAAUCAUUUAAUAGAACAUUUGGACCGUGGAAAGAAUCAAGGAAAUAUGCACUCUGGAGAGUGGCACAACCGAGUUCUCUUGUACAUCAGCAGCCUUGACCAAAGGUGCUGUUACAAAGAUUCUUUUACAAGGUUUAAUGUUAACCAAGGUAUCAAACAUAAAUGCAAAUAUAAAUGGAGAAGUUUUAAUAUCACAAGAGGGGGGGAAAUCACUGAAGCAAGAAUCAGGGUUCAGAGGCAAAAAAACAAAUCAGAACUAUAUAAGAAGUACAAUUUGUAA